CUUCCGUCCCGCUACAUCCCUGCAGCUGAAUGCCCCUCCAUUCGCGAAGGAAGGGACGAUCGUACGGCGGAGUUUCGGGUAAGACAGGCAAGAAACGAGGGGCAUCAGUUGCCCGGCAGGAUCGUCGAGUCGAAGGCAGUCGAAGGCGCGUGUGUAUACGUAAGCGCUUGCACGAUCGUUGUCAAAUUAAUACGUCACUAAAUUGCAUAAUUCGCGAGUGCUGCCUGCGUAACGUCGUGUCCAUAACGCGUUGCCCCUCCGUCCCCCCUGGAUCCUCUGCCGUGAGGAAGCCCGGAUUAAAGGGACCCGGUAUCCGUCGGCGUUUACAGAGAGAGAAAGGGACGGGAAAAAGGGAGGAGGGGGGGAGGAGAGGGAGAGAAAGAAGGAAAACGAGAAGACAUUCACUUUGUUCUGUUCGCCAACACCCCCGAGCAUGGCGGACCGGUAUGGUAAUAGUGCGCUCCGGAAACGCGGGAAUGCUUGCGAGAGUGCUGAAAGUGGAUAACCGGUGCCGCGACGUCGUUAUCGAAGACGAGGAGACGAGCGGUUGCGAGGAUAUUCCGCAGUAAAUAGCCGUUCUCGUCACUCGACUCAGGCGAUCCUUCGACCGUGGUGGAGCAGCCGGAGUAAAAGUUUUGGCGGGUAAACCAGGUGAAGGCGCGCAACGAUCGCCGACGCUCAUCGUCGGCCGAGACGGGUUUUCCUAGCUGAGGAUUCUCGAGAAUCUCGAGGAAACGCGAUGACGCGAUGACGCGAUGACGCGAUGACGCGCGUGAAACGGCAUGGGACGCGUUCAUAAUCGCGAUAAUAGCCAGUCGACAUUAUCGAGUGGUUAUCGCGCGCGUCGCAUUCGUUAGAGGGUAUUUUAUUAGUAGGCUCGCUCGCUGGGAUCCGCGUGUUGUGCAAAUGUCGUGAUAUCAUCUGAAAGAGGCUCGGUCAUAUCGGGUGAACGCGACUGAACGCGACACGAAGCCUAACGAAGCUGGUGGCGACCAGCGACGACGGUUUUGGCGCGCGUAUUUCAGCUGUCGCGUGCGACCGGCAGAUGGCCGGUACGCCGGCUCACGGACGACACCGACACGCCGACACGCCGCCGUGCGACACGCACACGAAGAGAUCGACCAUUGCCGUUACCGCUACGGCGAGGGUGCCGCCGCGCCGUUCGCUCGGAAGCGCGCGCACUUAUGAAAGGCGGCGAGGAACGACGCGUUGUCAUCGCGUGAAACGCGAACGAUCAACGAACGCGUCCCGAAUCUUCUCGCUCCGCAAAAGUGCCUUCCGCCCGUCCGAGCCUGCCCGAAUUCAAUCGUCAAUCGUCACGAGUGUCGUGCUGCUGAGGACGUUUGAGUUUCUUCGAGAGAGCUAGCUGCCCUAAUUCCGACACAAUCACGUUACCAGGAUGCCUCGGGUAAGGAGACAAGUGAUCCUGGAGGAUCCAGCCAGGCCAGUUACUCCAGACAUGGUGGAAACAAAGUUGUUAAAGUCUGAGUUUCUGGAUGAUGGUUCUUUGGACGAAAUUCAACCUCCAAAAGUGGCAGAAGAAACACCAAGCCCUCAUUUACAGGAUCACCAAUACGGACAAACGCCUUGUUACCAAAUAACGAGAAAACCCACACAACCACCACCAAGAGCUGAGAUAUCAGUUCAAGCGGUAAAAAGAAGACUGAAUUUGGAGGUAGGGACAACUGGUCCCAGCCAAUCUGCCUUCAAAACACCCAGAGGUAAACGUAGAAGAUCUGGCUCGAAUUCUUUAGCUGGUCAUACACCCACCAAAAGUAAAACUGUAGAAAGGACACGGUAUGACACAUCUUUGAGUUUGCUCACAAAAAAAUUUAUUCACUUAGUUGAAAGCAGUCAGGAUGGUGUGGUGGACUUAAAUGUAGCGUCAGAAAAGCUGGAGGUACAAAAACGUCGUAUAUACGAUAUUACUAAUGUUUUAGAGGGCAUUGGUAUUUUAGAGAAGAAAAGUAAAAACAAUAUCCAGUGGAAAGGCGGUCAGUUACCGAACAAUCGGAACGAUAUCGCUAAUCUCAGAUGGGAGGUCGCGGAUUUGGAAGCUAAGGAAAACACUUUGGAUCGAUUGAUUCACGGUGCUGAUAAAAAUCUUCGCGAGCUCUGCGCGGAUAGACAAUACGCUUAUGUGACGUAUCAUGAUUUACGUUCAGUCUCAAUGUACAAAGACCAAGUUAUUAUGGCUGUGAAAGCCCCGCCGGAAGCUACCCUCCAUGUCCCACAACCAAUCAAUAACUUUGGUCAACAAAAGCUUCAAAUGCACAUGAGAUCGGAACACGGCGAGAUAGAUGUGUUUCUGUGUCCUGAAGAUUCCACAGUCAAAACAUCUUAUCCUGGGUAUGCGACAACGCAAUCUGUGCCUCAAUCAAAAGAAUCCGAUAUACCUUGUUUGCCUCCUGAAUUGUUGGCUAAUCGAGAAAGCGACAUACGAAUCGAGCCAGUACCUUCCGAUGAGAGUUUCAUAAAUACUCGUCUGUGUACCCCCGUAACUACAGUUACCAGUAUAACAAGCAUGAAGGAUGCAUUCUUAUGCGAAUCCGAUGAUUAUGGACCAAUGGGCGGUGGCAAAUUCCAACUCCAAACAGAGGACCAAAUCAGCUCAGAUCUGAGUAUUCUCGAUUUUGGAGAACAACUACUGACUUUGGAACCACCUCUCUCCGAAAACGACUACUCGUUCUCGUUAGGCACCGAGGAAGGUCUUUCGGAUCUUUUCGAUUUUAAAUUCUAGGAAUAUCAUCGCUUAUUGCACGGGCGUUCGUGUCUUUUUGGGUUGUUACUCAAACAAAUGGAACUGUUUCGUCAGUUUUACAAUGCGCCUUCGCGUUACAUAGUGAUGAUAGUUGGCAGUUUCGUUCCGCGCGUCGAUCUUCGCGAAAAAUUGCAAACAUACAGACAUUUUUAUUUAUUUAUUGUUUCUUCAAGCACACCAUUUUAUAUCUGGAAUUUACUUUCCGUACUUUUUUUGUACUUAAAAGUACAAGAAGGCUUAAAAGAAUAGCAACAAAAUAGUCGAGGCAUGCAUAGGCAAUUUCAUAAAUUGUAUCCUGUUGAAAUCAAAGAUAUAUCACAUGGAAUUAUAUUUUUCGGUAACAGGAUUUUUUACACCGUCUGUUAUUGUAUGCUCCACAUAAAAACUAUAAAGGAAUGUUAUUGAUCUGUCGGCACUAAAAUAUUUUAAUAUUUUACGUCUUUUUUGUACUCAUGUUUCAUUCUGAAAUAUUUCGUGGUUAUACUAUUUUAAUUUCUUAUUGCGGACCAUAAACUCUCAGUGUGAAAGAGCCGAACCGCCGAGGCACAGGAUAAACAUAUCACAAUAUUGUUAAUGUGUGCUUCCGGCUUGAAAUGGUCUGCGUUGAUCACGUUUGCGGAAUGGAUUGCAAAAAUAUUAGACAAAGAGACAGAAGAGAAAUGAAAAAGAGGAAGAGUGUGUGUAAACGUA